UCCAUAAACACCGCUAACUAUUGUAUUUUGAUUGAACCCUCAUUGCAUUUCGAUAUUUGAUUUCAUUGAUUGAUUGGUAUCUUCAGCAUUGUCAUAGAUUUAGUAUUCUUUUGGUUAUUGGAGGGUUUGAUAUAGUCUGUUACUGAGUCAGGAAUGGGUAAGGCUGUAUCUAAAUUAUCGAAAGAUGAUUUGAAAUCACUUCGACAGGCAACUUAUUUCGAUAAACGUGAGUUGCAACAAUGGUAUAAGGGAUUCAUAAGAGAUUGUCCAUCAGGUCAAUUAUCAGAAGAAGAAUUUGUCAAAGUGUUUAAACAAUUCUUUCCCUUUGGUGAUCCGGUGGAUUAUUGUCGAUAUCUAUUUCAGGUUUUCGAUGUUGAUAAUUCAAAUUAUAUUGAUUUUAAAGAAUUCAUAAUAGCUCUUUCUAUAACAAGUCGAGGUACAGAUGAUCAAAAGUUAAGUUGGAGUUUUAAAUUAUACGAUCAUAAACGAUUGGGAAAGAUCUCUUAUCAAGAUAUGUUAUGUAUCGUUACAGCAAUUUAUAAAAUGGUUGGAUCAAUGGUGGCGUUACCCCAAGAUGAACUAACACCAGAACUACGAACUGAAAAAUUCUUUAAAUUGUUAGAUAAAGAUAAAGAUAAAGAUUUCAUAACAUUGGCAGAUUUCAAAGAGUUACUGCAAAAAGAUCCUUCAAUUACAAAUGCUUUGAAGGUAUAUGAAGGUCUUGUUUAGUAAAAUGCCAAGAAAGCUUGAUGCUGUCAUGGUUAAUCCUUAAUUCAUAGUUGCUAAUGUUUCUUUUACUAUUUAUUAUUAUCACUCCGUUCUCCUCCCACUUCCUUCUUCUUUUUUAAUCAUUAAUAUUGCAUGUCUUAUAGGUUUAGGUUAUGAAAAUAAAAUAAAAAUAAAAAUACAUAUACAUAAAUUAUAAAUUUAUUUAAAAUG